CCCAACACCGAAAAAAUGGCCGGCGGAAUCACUGUUCGCGACGUCGAUGCGCAGAAGUUCAUCACUGCCUAUGCUGCUUUCCUGAAGCGCCAGGGCAAGCUGCCCAUCCCUGGUUGGGUUGACACCGUCAAGACUGGUCCCGCCAAGGAGCUGCCUCCCCAGGAUAUUGACUGGUUCUACGUCCGCGCCGCCUCCGUCGCCCGCCACGUCUACCUCCGCAAGACCGUCGGUGUUGGCCGUCUCCGCAAGGUUCACGGCACUGCCAAGAACCGCGGCAACCGCCCCUCCCACCACGUUGACGCCUCCGGCUCUGUCGACCGCAAGGCCAUGCAGGCUCUUGAGAAGAUUGGUGUCCUCGAGCAGGACGAGGAGAAGGGUGGCCGCCGCAUCACCCAGUCCGGCCAGCGUGAUUUGGACCGAAUUGCCCAGACCACUGCUGAGGCUGAGGAGGAGGAUGACGAGUAA